UUUGUGUUAUGAUGUCGGUUUGUUUGUGGCUGUGGGCGAUUAAUUAACCGUUAGCAUGAAAUAACGGCCGAUAAAUAUUACAAGAGUUAUUAUUUAAAAUACAUAUAGUUUUCAUAAAUGCUGUUGUGUAAGAACAUAAUUUAUUAGAUGAAAUUAAUUUGUAGUCGUAACCAAAAAGCCAUCAUAAGCACUGAUUACGGUACGUGCAUAUAGUCACCGCAGUUUGGAGUAAUGUGGGAUUCUCAGCGUAUGUGCAUCCCAAAUACUAACAAAGAAGAAAAAAGUGCUCUACUUAAGAUGUUCUGCCUUUUGUCCAUCGUAAUAAGCCAGCUGUAAACAUAACAAGGAUGAAGAGCAUAGCUGAUUAUUUCCACAUUCCAGAGAAGAUCUGUGCUAACAGCUUUGAAGUCACAGACAGCAUGGAGACUAGUAGUAGUAAAAAUAGUCAUAUUUUUGUACAGAAAGUUAAAUUGAACAUACAGUUAAAAGAAUCCUCUGAAACUUGUACAUUAACUUCUCAGGUGGUAAAAAAAGCAUCAUCAGAGAAAAGUCAGAGGGUAAAUGUGGCAGAUAAUGUCUGCAAGGAUAGCACCUCUCAGGAAAAGGAUGCUGAUGCAACUGCCAACAAUUUAUUGAAAGGCGAAGAUGACAAUGUUGCUCAUGAAAUGAGGAUGAAGAAUAUUGGUAGAAGGAAGAGAGUGGCGGCACUUGAGAAGCCAGCGUCAAAGCAGAUUAAAAGACUGAAACAUUCAUAUGUCAUUGUAGAAUCAGAUAGUGUGGAUGAUGAUGACGAUGAUAAUAUUAUUGAUGAUGAUGACGACGAGAACAGUUCUGGUGGUGGUGGUGGUGAUGUUAAAAGAAAGGGAAAGAGAGAUACUAAAAAGGCAUUUAAAGAAUCUCGAAGCUCCAGUCAAAAACAGAAAAAGAAACGAAAGGCAGAUUUGGGGGACUCUGCCAGAGUAGAAGGAAGAAGUGGUGCCAAGCGGUUAAGAGUGUCUCCUAAAGCUUUAAGACAACAUAAAGAUCGCAAUUCUGACAAAAGAGUUCUGCCAACAGUAAAACAUGAAGUAAAGUCUACAGACUGUGGAAAUCUGCAAGAAGAAAAUCCUGUAUUGCCUGAUGAAAAUACUUUGAAGAAAAAUAACAUGUUUGGAAAACUUGAUAUUACCAUUACAAAGUCAGACCGUAUUGUUAACAAUGUAAAAGUAUCUACAGCAGAGAGCGAAAGUGAAAUCAAUUGUGAUGAGAUGUCUACAGAUAACAAAAUUGAAAUUAAUGUUUCAAGUAGCUUAUCUGAUUGUGAACAGAAAAAGAAAAAACAAAAUAAUUUUCACAACAAUGUAUCCCCAGAUGAAGAGACAAGAAAGCAAAGCAAUCUUUUUAAUUAUUUUGGUAAGGUUCCAAAACAAGAAAUUAAAUCUAAACCAGACAGAAUUGAAGUACAGGCCAUAGUGCAUACUCCUGUUUCUUCUUUUAGAGGGAAGAACAGUAGCUCAAAACUUAGAAUUAAAAAGCCAAGAAAAGGAAAAGCUUCAUCACAUGCAGCUGAAGCUGCAGAUGAGAUUGAAGUGUUAGGAAGUGAAGAUUUAUCUGUAAAUCAAGAUGAAGGCACUAAUGCAAGUAACACUGAAGCAAUAACAGUUGCUGAGAACAGUCAAUUAAAUACUUCAGUAUCAUCAAUAGUAAAUGAAGAUAUUAAAGAGAAACUUUCUUCCCCUGGAAAAGGUUGGAAACUAAGAAUACGUCUUAGAGAUGCGACUACUGAUGGAAAUGAAGAAUUGUCAAGUACAGGAACAUCCAACAGUAAACAUUCAUUUUUUAAGCAAUGCCAAGAAAAGAAAGAAGAGACAGUUCUCCAAGAAAAAACUACUUCUGUUCACACAAAGAGCAGGAGGAACAGACUGUCAUUAUCGAAUAACCACAGCGUGCUGAAUGAAAUGGAUCUGUCCUCCUCGGAAGCAGAGACCAGUGCAGUGUCACAGAUAACUCAGGUGAUAGACAGUGAAACCACUCCAAGCUCAAAAGUCUGCAACAGCCCUGAGAAACUCAAAGCAAAAGAGUGUUUGAGAUUGGCACCAGUUUUCACAAAGAAAACGACAAAAAAACUGAAACCAGAUGCAGACAGUAUCUUGGCAAAAAAAUCGUUUUUAGAAAGUGGAGUACCCGAAACACUCAAGAAGACUGUAGAACUGAGUCGCCUUGCAGAAGAACAGGAACAAGCUUUGCCUAUAUUUCCUGCCAUCUCUCACAUUCAGCAGCUGGACAGUGAAGAUAUUUGGAAGCUGCCUUGUGUUGUUUUACCAUUAAAGAGUGGUGUACAAGAAUUGAAUGAAGCAAAUUACAGCAGCAAGAUUUGGUUACUAAGAGAACUUGUUGAAGUUAAUAAAGAUUGUGUCAUCGUAAACUGUAGAGAAAAGCACACAUUUCCUUCUGAUAUUUUGUGCAAAAUUGUAUCAGACAUUAAAUCACAGAACUCGGAUUUACCAGUUCGUAGGUUAUUCAAAAAUUUGGCAAAUAAAUACAUUUUGGGGAAAGGAGGUGAGAACAAAGAACAAAAUACUGACAUAAGGAAAAAGAAGAAAAGACUUAGGAACAGAAAGUCAAAACAGCAUGAAAUACAACAACUUCAAAAAAUAAAUGAUCCUGAACCAACUAUCAGCUGGUGUGAAAAAUACAAGCCAGUAAAUAGCAAUGAAGUGUUAGACACAAAAAGGAGGGCUGUGCAACUGAAGAAGUGGCUUGAAAGUUGGAAGUUGCGUAGCAAGGAUACGAAAAAGCAAAAUAAAAAAAUAAGAAAUGGGGCUUCAAGUAGUGAUGAGGAAUUUGAAUAUUCAGAAUCAAGUGGUGGUUCUGAUUUUAACAAAGCAGCUAUAUUGUUGGGUCCACAUGGUUCUGGAAAAACAAGUUCUGUGUAUGCAGUAGCCAAUGAACUAGGAUUUGAAGUUUUGGAAAUAAAUGCAUCCAGCAGGAGGACAGGAAAGCGAAUCCUUGCAGAUCUUCAGGAGGCAACACAGUCGCAUAGAAUAGGAGUACCUGGAGCUGAUUCCAAUCAAUCAACAAUAACAAAAAUAUUCAAAAGAGGAAAGGGUAAUUCAAAAACAGACUCAAAUGAAAGGUCCAUGAAGAAGGAAAUGUCUUUGAUUCUUGUUGAAGAAGUGGAUAUUGUAUUUGAUGACUAUGAUGAAGGAUUUGUUUCUGCUUUGUCUACACUUGUGACAACCUCGAAACGCCCAGUUAUUUUUACUGCAACGGAUGAAAAUUGUCUUCAAGUCACACGUCUUGUAGACAAGCAUCUUGUACUAAAAUAUGAUGUUGUUCCAUCCAGAAUAUUAAAUAUUUGGCUACAGCUGUUGUGUUUAUUAGAAGGAGUAAGAGUCAGCAGUGCUGCAAUAAAGAAUGUUUUGGAGUUCACACAUUAUGACAUCCGGAAGUCUAUGAUGCUUUUGCAGUUUUGGGUUCUUUCAGGAGGAGAAAAUUUUCCAUUUAAUUGUGUUAGUAAUGAUGAUUCGUUGCAUCGAGUGGUUUGCAGUGAAAGUGCUGAUAAUUCGAACCUUAGCUGGAGCUCAUUAAGUGAAGAAGUAACAAUACCAGAAGAGAGUGCGAAUUGUGCUUGUUUAUUCACAAACUGCAAUAACUCUUCGGCCCAUGAACUGAAUAUACCUUUCCCUCUGAAUCUCUGUGGUGUGUGGUGGAAUUUAGCACCUCUACUUGGACUACCACAGGUAAAAUUAAGGGAACGUAGAGAGGUAUUGCUAUGUGGAAACAAACAACCAAAGAAAAAAGAAUGUGACACAUUUUUGUACUAUGAUUCAGAUUCAGCAGAUGAUGAUAAAGGGAAAAAAAGUUGGUUUGACGUGGCUGACAGCAUUGAGGAUGACAAACAUGUCAGCUGUGAUAGUGAACGUGUGCAAAACAGUAAUAUACAAACCCCUAACAAAUGCAGCAGCAAAGUAAUUAAAGCUAUGGCAGAUAUGUUGGACAGCUUAUCAUCUGUAGACAUAAUGAAUUUCACAGUUGACAAAUGCAGAGGCAAUUCUGGAUAUCAAGAACUUAAAGUGCAUUGCUGGGAUCAAAAGCCACAGGACAGUACCUCAUUGCUGGAAGACCAAACAGCAUUUUCAGCCUUGGAGCUACCAUCACUUGCUCACUGUUUAACUGAAAGAAGUAUUGCUGCUUGCAUAAAGGCUCUAAAUAUUUUAGAUCCUCAGAAAUACAAUCACGUUUUGCCUUCUCAUGAAACUGUCAGGUUAAUUUCUGAAGAGCACUUUCUCAGUUCUGCCGUGUGGGAUAUUGUUCCACAAUCAUGUUGGCUGAGCCGAAAUGCAAUGUCUACAGAUUAUUGCCCCCUGAUACGUAGCAUGAGCCGCUUGCAAGAUAGUCAUUUAAGAAUUGAGCAAAUGGCUACAACAAGAUGCCGACAACGUUACUUUCAUUAUUUGAAAGAUCUCGGUACCUCGGCAGAUAUUGCAACAUGUAAAGCUCUUUGCUCAGUUUUAAAUAAUUAAUAGUUCACUGUGUGAAGUAAAUUCAGGAUAAGUGCAAUUAUUUUGUGAAACAAUUUUUAUUGUAUAUCAUAUUUUUGUAAGUUUUUAAUAGUUUGUUUUAUGGGCUGAAGCUACAGGUAAUUCAUGAACUUCAAGACACCUGUAGUAAAAUGUAUGCACAUCAUCAUGUUACUGUAAGAAAUUGUGGAUAAGUGCUUGUAAAAUAAUUUUAUAUACUGCACAUUCUUUUAGAGGGACCAAAUAGCUUUAUAAAUAUAUGGCAAAUCGUUUUUGUACAAAUCUUUUAUAUCUGUGUCUCAUCAGCAGUGAUGUAAAAUGAUCAUGAAAGCAUGUACCUGAGGAUGAUUUUAAAAUGUAUUCUGUUACUUACAGAUAUUAAAAUUAUGUUUGUUA